AUGCGAGACCCAUACACCAAAUAUUCUCAACUCAGUUAUCCCGAUGGAGUGAAAGGCGAUUCAGUCUCACUGGAUCCUUUCAAUCAAGGUCCCUAUGUGGGAGUCAGUGAUGGCAGAAUUCUCAAAUACAAUGGAACUGAUUUUGUGGAUUUUGCUUAUCUUUCCCCAAACAGAACGAAGCAAAUAUGCGAUGGUACAACAGACAUAAGUUUGAGCACAACAUGUGGAAGGCCAUUAGGAUUCAGUUUCGAUCCUCUAACAGGAUAUCUUUAUAUUGUGGGGGCUUAUGGUGGCUUUUAUAGAGUAAGCCCACGGGGAGGUCUAGCUACGAAACUUGCUACAGAAGUAAAUGGCGUGCCAUUUCAUUUUCUCCAAGGCAUUGACUUCGAUCCAAUCAGAAGAGUUGUUUAUUUUACAGAUACCAGUUUGGUAUUCAGCUUCACGGACAUUCUCUUGGGAAAUCCUCUUAUUCCAGAUGAUUCGACCGGAAGAUUGAUAGAAUAUGACACUAAAACUAAAACUUUGAGAUUAUUAUUAGACAAACUUCCUCUUCCUUCAGGACCAGCAGCUAGUGGAGAUGGUACAUUUGUAUUAUACAGCUCGGUGAUUACUAAACAAAUUUUCAAGUAUUCUCUUCCUCUCAUAGGGCCAUUGCCAGCAAAACCCCAGGCUUUGUUGAAUUUAACGGGUUCCCCUCUCAAAAUAAAGAAAGCCCCAGAAGUUGGGUCAUUUUGGGUGCCCGUAAACGUGUUGCUUCAAGUAAGACCUCGUCUGGUUCACGCAUUUGGUUUUAAGUUCAAUUCAAAUGGAGAUGUGAUUUUGAUAAAGGAUUUUGCUGCGGAGUAUUCCCAAGCUCAAGUGAAUGUGGUGCAGGAGUAUGACAGUUUCCUUGGACUUGGAGGAAGAACAUUGUACGUUGGAUCAGUUAUGGUUUCUAAUGUUGGAGUCUACGCAACAAAGUGA